UUCUUCUUCCCCUAAACUUUGGAAGGUUUUUAUCACAAUGGCGACAAGUAGGGUUAAAACAAGAGAAACGAAAUCCGGGGAAAUAAUUGCUUACAGUGAGUCUGCAAUUAGGAAUAAUGCCUCCGCCGUAGAGUACUGUCGCACCUCAAUGGCUGCUCUAUCUGGAAGUACCGCAGGUAUUCUUGGCCUCACAGGAAUAAUUGGCUUCCUUUUCUACUUAUUUGCCGUCUUUGGCCUGUGGUUCCUCCUACUAUCCAAAUCCGGGACAAAUUGGCAGAAAUUCUUCAUUAGCAGGAGAACUCUACUGACCAGUGGUUUCAUUUCCGGACUGUGCACCUAUGUUUUAUUCUGGACAUUUCUCUACGGCAUGGUUCAUGUCUACUAGACCAAAUAUUUUCUAUUCCACAUAAAUUUGUAAUGCAAUUGAGGCAAAUAAUGCGAAUAAAUUAUAAUUUCCUGAAAAAA